AUGGAACGUCAAACCAGCCAUGCAUCAAGCACCGAAGAAGAAUACCGGGAUGUUUAUGAAGCAGCGAUUCAUGAUAGAUUUCGGGAUGGAAUCCAAGCCCUUGCUCGGCGGAAACGGUCUGGCCGCCGUCAUAGAGCUCUUCACAUCGAGGACCAGGAUCCCGAAUUGACAAGAAUCGCAACCAAUAUAUCCAGGGACAUUGGAAUUACACCAAAGGCUCUCGCAGACGUUGAUCCACGCCUCGACCCCGAAAAUGAGGAGUUUGAUUUUCGUUUCUGGGCCUCCACCAUCGUUCAGAUGAUCAGAGAAGACGGUAUCCAGAGAGCCAAUGUUGGUGUUUGCUUCAAGUCCCUCACCGUGUGUGGCACAGGCUCGAGUCUCGCUCUACAACCAACUGUCGCAAGCCCGUGGCUGAGUCUUGCUCGAAUGCCCAUGCUCCUCUCCAGACACAAACAAGAGCCCAAAGUGAUCAUCCACACUUUGAAUGGCUGCGUGAAAAGCGGUGAAAUGCUGCUCGUAUUGGGCAGGCCUGGUAGUGGGUGUACAACAUUUCUGAAAUCGAUAUCAGGUCAACUGGGUGGCUUGACGAGAACAUCCGAAUCUGUCGUCCACUACGAUGGAGUUGCACAGGAUCUUUUUACCAAGAGUUUCAGAGGAAAAGCACUCUACAAUCAGGAAAAUGAUGAACACUUCCCGCAUUUGACUGUGGGACAAACACUGCAUUUUGCCGCACAGGCGCAGACGCCAGAAACUCGAAUUCAUGGAAUCGAUCGAGCAACACAAGCCAAUCACAUGGUGGAAGUCAUGCUACGCAUUUUCAGGCUCUCCGCUGUCCGACAUACCAAAGUCGGCAACGACACCGUUCGCGGCGUCAGUGGAGGAGAAAGAAAGCGUGUGAGCAUCGCGGAAAUGGCCCUCGCGCGCUCGCUACUUGCUGUCUGGGACAAUGCCACCCGAGGCCUGGAUUCUGCUACGGCAUUGGAGUUUGUACGGUCCUUGCGCACUCUGGCUGAUGUUGCCGGGGUCACCCAAGCUGUCGCACUUUAUCAGGCUAGCCAGAACAUCUAUGAUGUCUUUGACAAGGUCAUGGUACUGUACGAAGGACGACAGAUAUUCUUCGGUCCAGCGGAUUCCGCGCGCUCCUUUUUUGAGAAGAUGGGCUGGUAUUGUCCUCCGCGUCAGACAACCCCAGACUUCCUAACCUCCGUUACCAAUCCAUCGGAACGGCAAAUCCGUGUGGAUUGCACCGACAAGGUACCUCGAACUGCCGUUGAGUUCGAACAAUACUGGCUUAAGUCGGAGGAGUACCACGCCUGCAUGGACGAGAUCGCCCAGUACGAGGAGGAUGCAACAGACAACGGCCGCCUCCAAGCACUCCGGGCCGCACAUCACGCUGCACAGGCCCAUCACACUCGCAACUCGUCUCCGUUUCUCAUCUCUGUGUGGAUGCAGGUCUGUCUAUGUAUGAAGAGAUCCUGCCAGUUAUUGUCGAACGACAGAACCUCCACGAUAACACUGGCGAUGGGGCGAAUCAUUCUUGCGUUGAUUAUCGGCAGCAUCUUCUUUGAUCCACCCAACACCACAGCGAGCCUUCAGUCCAGAGGGUCGGUGCUAUUUCUUGCCACCUUGAUAAAUGCGCUGAUGGCCGUUACUGAGAUUGGCGCGCUGUUCGGCAAAAGAGGUGUUAUUCAGAAACAGAACACCUUCGCAUUCUGCCACCCGUUCGCAGAUGCACUCGCGUCGUUCAUUGUCGAUAUCCCUGUCAAGUUCGUCAUCUCGACCUUAUUCAACUUGGUCUUCUAUUUCAUGUCUGGGCUCCGACCCGAUGCUUCGAGCUUCUUUACCUUCCUGCUCUUCAACUUCGUUUGCACCCUGGUUAUGUCCUCCAUAUUCCGCAGCAUUGGCGCCGCAUCGAAACAGCUUGCCCAAGCUUACGCAAUCGCGGGUGUUGGCGUCCUCAUGAUGGUCAUAUACACGGGGUUUACGCUUCAGACCUCAUACAUGCAUCCUUGGUUCCGCUGGAUCAACUACAUCAACCCGAUCGCCUACAUAUUUGAAGCACUGCUUGUCAACGAAGUCCACGAUCGAGAGUUCCCUUGCGCUCCACAAAGCCUUGUCCCUCCCUAUGCUCGAGGGGCAUCCAACUUUGCUUGCGCCGUCAUCGGAGCAAAGCCUGACCAGCGUAUCGUUGCUGGAGAUUCGUGGGUACAGUCCGGCUACCAAUAUAGUUACUCCCAUAUAUGGCGAAAUCUCGGGAUUGCGUUCGCCUACAUGGUGUUCUUUCUCGCGUUCUACCUCAUUGCCACAGAAAUCAGGUCGACCGUCAAUGCUCAACCACAACGACUCGUCUUCCUCAAUUACAAAGCAGCACAGAGCCUGAAGCCAGAUGAAGGUGACAUCGAGGGAAACGCGACCAGCGACCAAGAAAACCCCUCUCCAGCCCUCUCUAGUUCAGGGGAUGCUGCGUCCAUCUCAGAGGCAGGAUGCACGAGUAUCGCCAGGCCGUCGAAUGAAAAGGAACGUGGACAAAAAGGGACGCUGUCGUGGGAAGACCUGACACUGGACAUUGCAGUUCAGGGCAAGAGUAGACGUCUUCUGGACAACGUCAACGGUUGGGUCAAACCCGGUGUAAUGACCUGCCUGAUGGGAGUCUCAGGUGCUGGAAAGACAACUUUACUCGACACACUUGCACAGCGUCACAACACUGUCGGAAAUGUGUCCGGUACGAUAAAGGUAGACGGCAUGCCACUGAAACCCUCAUUUCAGCGAAAGACAGGAUAUGUCCAACAGCAAGAUCUACAUUUGCUGUCCAGCACAGUCCGCGAAGCUUUACGUUUCUCGGCGCUUUUGCGCCAACCUGCCUCGGUGUCGAAGAAGGAGAAAUUCGAGUAUGUCGAGAAGGUCAUCGAAGUGCUCAAAAUGGAACACUUCAGCGAUGCAAUGGUUGGGCAACCAGGCGAGGGCCUAAACAUCGAACAGCGAAAACUCUUGACAAUCGGUGUCGAGCUAGCUGCCAAACCGUCAAUCCUCUUCCUAGAUGAGCCCACCUCGGGUCUCGACUCGCAGAGUUCGUGGACGAUCGUGUCGCUCUUGAGAAGGCUAGCAGACGACGGUCAGGCGAUCCUCGCUACCAUCCAUCAGCCGUCGGCUAUGCUCUUCCAGCAGUUUGAUUCCAUCCUCCUGCUCGCCAGAGGCGGCUGCACCACUUACUUCGGACCGCUGGGUGCGGAUUGCCAGACGCUGACUCGUUAUUUCGAGGAACAUGGGGCUCGAGCUUGCGGUGCAGCAGAAAACCCUGCAGAGUAUGUCUUGGAUGUCAUAGGCAAUGCUUCCCACGACUGGCCCCAGGUUUGGAAAUCAAGCUCCGAGUUUUCCACUGUCAAUGCCAGCGUCUGCAACAUGUCGCCAGGUUCCUCCCACCAGGAGCUCGAUGCUGAUGAUCGCCUCCAGUUUGCGGCCUCUUUUGCCAUGCAAUUCCAAUGUGUGAUGCAACGACUCUUUCAAAACUACUGGCGAAGUCCCGGCUACAUCUACGCCAAGCUGCAGUUUGCGCUUCUCUCCUCUCUCUUCAUCGGAUUCACUUUUUAUCUGCAAAAUGCUUCGGCGACCGGCAUGCAAAACGUCAUCUUUGCCAUCUAUAUGCUCAACGCCACAUUCUCAUCCGUGGCCAACCAGAUCAUGUCCAGGUUCCUCCCACAACGGGCACUGUUUGAAGUCCGCGAGUCUCCAUCAAAGAUGUACAGCUGGCCGGUGUUCUUGCUAGCGAAUAUCCUAGUGGAAAUACCCUAUCAAAUCUUCCUCUCGGUGGUCGUAUGGGCGUGCUGGUUCUUCCCGAUCUUCGGGCUUGACAGUGACUCAACGACCCGUGCGGUAAUGUGGGGAUUCUGUCUGCAAUUCUUGCUCUUCGGAUCGACCUGGGCACAGAUGCUCAUUUUCACGAUGCCGAGCACCGAGACGGCGGGUGCCCUGUCAACCAUUCUGUUUACGCUGAAUCUGCAGUUCAACGGUGUGCUCCAACCGCCAUCCGCGCUCCCAGGAUUCUGGAUCUUCAUGUAUCGCGUCAGUCCCUUCACCUACCUGAUCGGGGGGUGGGCUGGAACGGGCUUGGCCAACAGAGCGGUUGUCUGCGCGAAGAAUGAAUUGGCGGUCUUCGAUCCUCCAACCGGACAAACUUGUGGCCAAUAUCUCUCUGCCUACCUCGACGGUGGCGCACCAGGAUCACUGCUCAAUCCGUCCGCCACGGCAAGCUGCGAGUAUUGCUCGAUCAGAAACUCCAACCAAUUCCUCGAACAGUCGUGGAUCCACCCCUCGGACAAGUAUCGGAACUUGGGGAUAAUGUUUGCGUACAUUGCUUUCAACAUCUUUUCUGCGUUCUCACUGUACUACAUCUUUAGAGUUAGGGGAUUGUCAAUCAAAAGCCUACAGAAGCCCAAGACAAAGAGACAUGUGGCUGAAGGGGAGAAAGAGCAGGAAGAGAAGCCACAUCCGAAGCGAGGCUUUUACGUGGGGUUUUACUACCAUUUGGCGUUGAGUAUUCUGAGAAAUCUGGUUCGCUAG